AUUCUAGUAUAAGAUACGUGUCUAAUAAACGUCUCGACUCUAACCUCUAGUUCUAGAAAUAAAAAAUAGCAUGCACGAUGGAUUACAAUGAUACGUUGAAUAUAUCUGAGCCCUACAAGCCUUACUACGAGCGCCCUGAGACCUACAUCGUACCUAUUCUCUUCGCGCUGAUCUUUGUCAUAGGCGUGGUGGGAAACGGAACCCUUGUCGCUGUUUUUGUACGACACAAGGCUAUGAGGAAUGUGCCUAAUACAUACAUCCUCUCGCUGGCCUUAGCAGACCUACUCGUCAUCAUAACGUGCGUACCCUUCACUUCGACCGUCUACACCGUUGAGUCCUGGCCAUGGGGUGAUACGGUGUGCAGAGUCUCAGAAGCGGCUAAGGAUGUCAGCAUCGGCGUAUCUGUCUUCACAUUGACAGCCUUAUCAGCUGAUAGAUAUUUCGCGAUCGUUGACCCCUUGAGGAAGCUGCACGCUACAGGUGGGAGUAAGCGAGCAACGCGCGUCACCGUGGCCACAGCGAUAGGUAUAUGGAUACUGGCCGCCAUCCUUGCCACGCCAGCUUACAUCGGCUCCUAUCUGAGAUCCUUUGUCGUAAAUCCUACAAAAACGUUUCUAGUAUGCUACCCGUACCCCGAUGAAUGGGGGGAGUCAUACGCACGCACGAUGGUACUGAUGCGGUUCCUGGUAUACUACGCCCUACCCCUGGCUGUGAUCGCGCUGUUCUACGUGUUGAUGGCGCGUCAUCUCGUCCUGAGCACGCAAAAUGUACCUGGUGAAAUGCAGGGAACGCAGAGACAGAUGCGAGCUAGAAGAAAAGUAGCCUUAACUGUCUUGGCUUUUGUGUUAGUAUUUGCCGCUUGCUUCCUACCAUCACAUGUCUUUAUGAUGUGGUUCUAUUAUUGCCCGACCGCUCAAGACGACUACAACACUUGGUGGCAUAGCUUACGAAUCGUUGGGUUUUGCUUCUCAUUUCUCAACAGCUGCGUCAACCCUAUCGCUCUCUAUUGCACCAGUGGUAUCUUCAGGAAACAUUUUAAUAGAUACCUCCUCUGUCGCAAAGGGUCAAUUCAUGGCGCUCGCGGUUCAUUGUCCUUGUCGACAUCGCGACGACUACAUUCCAGCAGAAAAACAAACAUCAGUAUGGUGCCUCGGACAACUAGCGUGGGUCGAGACAGCAGCAUCCGCCUUAUGAACAAUGGCUCGUCAAACCUCUGAGGAAGGUGUCGGCCGCACAGCGCGGCUAACAACAACCAAGAACGUAGCAAGGAGAACUACAAGAAAUGCCUAGUAUUCAAGCCGGAUAACAUGCCACCCUUCCCGAAGUGCUGUGAAAGUGAUAACAGCUUAAAACACGUUGAAACGAAUCUUGACAGAAAAGAAUUAAGUGCGGAGACUUAUCUACUUCCGUUAGAUCAUUUUGGUCGCGGUUAAUUGUUUUCUGUAUACUCUGUUAACUUUUAAUGUUUUAUUAACUAAGUCAUUUAUUUGUUUGUGUAUUAAAAUAGAGAUUUAUAAGACGGA